CUAGGGCUUCUCUUUACCCUGAUCCCACGACAUCCCCAGCAGCAGUGCUGUUGCUUCUCGCUUCCAUUUCUCCUCUCAAAUCCCUCAAGAUUUCGGAGUGGCUUUUAGCUGAAAAGGAGGUGAUCCAGCCGCACCUUCCAGUACGGCUACCUUGUUACGACGACCCGCAUUGAAUGCUGGGCCAUUCGUUGAUGUAACUUGCUCAUUCUUCACCAACUUCGGCUGAAGAUUUCUUGUGAGCUGAUACACAUUUAGCAUAAUGGAGCUGACUACUAUUGAAGAUGCAUUUGAGAGGGCUAUCAAGAAGCAAAAGCUUUCAGCUUCAAAAACCAAGGAACUUAUAGAUGGAAUGCUGCUGGCUGUUGAGCAGGCAAUGAAAGAAAUUCAGGCAAUCCCCAGUGAAGGAGCCUCCUCUAGCCCGAAUUCUGUUUUAAUGGAACUUAAGAGUAAACUGACUGAAAUGGCUCCAAUGAAUCAGCUUGAAGCGUCCCAGAAGGAUCUUGCCAUUUCACUGGGCAAAUAUGGCAAGCUACUAGAGAAACAAUUUAAUACAGACCUAUCACAUGCUUAUAGAAAUGUUGACUGGGAUACCCACACGGUGAACCAUAUCAUAGCUGGUCACUUUUACAGGCAGGGAAUGUUUGAGAUUGGUGAUUGCUUCGUAAAUGAGGCUAACGAAGUAGAUGCCACCUCCAAAUUGAGAUCUCAAUAUGUCGAGAUGUAUCAAAUACUAGCUGAGACGAGAUCUAGGAAUCUUGAACCAGCACUUGCCUGGGCCAUCAAACAUCGGGAACAUCUGUUAAAGAAUGGGUCGAACCUUGAACUGAAACUUCACACCAUGCAAUUUGUUGAGAUACUGUACAAGGGUGGCAGAAAUGAUGCUCUGGCAUAUGCGAAGGCUUACCUGGGUCCAUUCGCCAAUAAUUACAAGACCGAAAUUCAGAAGUUGAUGGCCUGCCUCCUGUGGGCUGGUCGGCUUGACCAGUCCCCGUAUGCUGACCUUGUCUCUCAGUCCCGAUGGGAUGAUCUAGCAAAUGAGCUUGUUCGGCAAUUCUGCAACCUUUUGGGGCACUCCUUCUCGAGCCCGCUCGACAUGGUGGUAAGAGCAGGAGUUCAAGCCCUACCGACCAUCCUGAAGAUGGCAAGUGUGAUGGCUGCUACAAACCAGGACUGGCAAACAAUGAAGCAACUGCCGAUGCCUGUGGAUCUUGGGAGCGAGUUCCAGUUUCAUUCCAUCUUUGUGUGCCCGGUGUUGUGGGAACCUGCGAGUGAAGAGAACCCGCCGAUGUUCAUGCCAUGCGGACACGUCCUAUGCAAGCAGGCUGUUCUCAAGUUGUCAAAGAGUAGCACCCGACUAUUUAAGUGCCCGUACUGCCCGGCGGAUACCACAGUUGCGGAAUGCAAGCAACUUCACUUCUAGUUGAUGCAAAAAAUUAAGGAUUUCCAAUCGAUCAAUCAAAAGAGGCCACAUGCUGCUUUGGCAUUGUGUGAGUUUUCUGCUCUACUGUAGGACAUUCUGUUUGCUUCAGCAGGGAAAGUUCUAUGGUUUUCUAGUGGACAGGGGGGGUGGGGGGAUAAAAGUGUUUUGAUUUGUACAUAUGGAUUCAUGUCUUUGUGCCCUACAUAUUUGGAAGGAUGCUUUGAAAUGUGCUGAAAAUUCUUUUCUGUUCAAUCAUAGAAUGAUAAGUUUAUUUCCUGCCUUUCUUUGUUUGUUCAUGUAAUCAAAUCUUUAUUAGACCUCAAUAAUGGAUUUCAAGGAACCUUCAAGGCACUCAAAAUU